GCAGCCUUACCUUCUCUCUAAGCUUUCACUCUCCUCCUCCCCCCCCUCCCUGUUUCACUCUCUCUCGCCCCCCACCUGCUUCCCCGCUCGCUUGCGAGAGAGGGAAAGAUGACCGCCGGCGGCGAUGAGGAUUCGACGAUUCCACCCAACAUGACCAUCUACAUCAACAACCUCAACGAGAAGAUCAAACUCGAUGAGCUUAAGAAAUCCCUGCGUGCGGUGUUUUCACAAUUUGGGAAGAUAUUGGAGGUGCUUGCUUUUAAGACGCUGAAACAUAAAGGACAGGCAUGGGUUGUCUUUGAGGAUGUUUCAUCAGCAACUGAAGCACUCAAGCAGAUGCAAGGAUUUCCAUUCUAUGACAAGCCCAUGGCAUAUGCUGUUGAAGUUGAAAUGAUUAGGAACUUGUGUCAUAACUCAUACAAGAAUGUCUUGAGAAUCCAGUAUGCUAAGACCAAAUCAGAUAUAAUAGCAAAAGCUGAUGGUACUUUUGUCCCUCGAGAAAGACGGAGAAGGCUUGAGGACAAAGCUGAAAGAAAGCGUCGGGAGCAGCGGCUUGAUGCUAAUCAAGCUGGAUUGGGUCCCUAUGGAGCUGCACCACCGCUUUCUCAAUUGCCUUACCCUGGAGGGGCGAAGUCUAUGGUUCCAGAAGCACCAGCACUGCCAAACAACAUUCUCUUUGUUCAGAAUCUCCCCCAUGAGACGACUCCCAUGAUGCUGCAAAUGCUCUUCUGCCAGUAUCCUGGUUUUAAGGAGGUUAGAAUGGUAGAAGCAAAGCCUGGAAUUGCUUUUGUGGAGUAUGGAGAUGAGAUGCAGGCUACACUUGCCAUGCAAGGGCUUCAGAGUUUCAAGAUUACACAACAGAAUCCUAUGCUCAUAUCAUAUGCAAAGAAGUAGGUUAUGUGAAUUUCUGGUAUAUUACUUUAGGGCCUUCUAUUGCUGCAGCUUUAACAUGGGCACUUCUUCCCUUCAGCCAGGGAAGUUUGGUAUAUUCCAUUCUGGUUGAACAUAUUAAUGUAUAUUAUCUCUGGGGGAAUUACACUUUGCUGAACUUUUGCAUUUUCAGCACUUACCAAUUCUCUCCAUACGUCGCUUUGUCAUUCAUAGAUCUUAUUCCAGGGCCUAGUGUGUUGGCUUCUCUUCUAAAUGUUGUUGGCCAUUUCUACUAUGAGAUGGCCCCACUAAAGGUUGGGAUAAAGCAUGCUUCUGUGGUUCAUUGCCAUUCUCAGAAACAACCCUGAUGCUUUGUAUCAUCAAUUUUUUUGUUUCGGCCCAAUAACACCUGUUCUUUUCUCUUA